AAAUUAGGGUAUUUUAAUACUAAUCUAUAUACACACACAUCGUUGCUAACUUUUCAAAACCCCUACACCACAGUCUUUGCUUUCUUCCGUUGAAUCAAAGAGAACAAUCUUCACCAUUCACAAGUGAUUUGUGGUGAAAAUUAGAUUUCUGGGCUGAUUUUGAGUAAUUAGGUGAAGUUUUUGGGGUGUUUGUGAAGUAGAUUGUGUGAAUUGGAUUGGACCAUUAAUUUGCUUGUAGUUUGGUUUGAUAUAAGGUGAGUUGAAAUGAGUGUGGUAGGGUUUGACAUUGGUAAUGAGAACUGUGUUAUUGCUGUGGCAAAGCAUCGCGGGAUUGAUGUUUUGUUGAAUGAUGAAUCAAAGCGGGAAACCCCUGCUGUUGUCUGCUUUGGCGAGAAGCAGCGGUUUUUAGGGUCUGCUGGUGCUGCUUCGGCUAUGAUGCACCCAAAGUCAACCAUAUCGCAAGUGAAGAGAUUUAUAGGCAGGAAAUUUCUGGAUCCUGAUAUGGAAAAGGAUCUGAAAAUGCUCCCUCUUGAAACUUCUGAAGGGCCAGACGGUGGCGUUUUGAUUCAUUUGAAAUACUUGGAUGGGAUUCAUACGUUUACACCAGUUCAAAUAAUGUCUAUGCUCUUUGCUCACUUGAAGACUAUGACAGAAAAAGAUUUGGAGGCACCCAUCUCGGAUUGUGUUAUUGGUAUCCCAUCAUACUUCACCGACUUGCAGAGACGGGCAUAUCUUGAUGCGGCAAUAAUUGCUGGGUUGAAGCCUUUGAGACUGAUACAUGACUGUACUGCAACUGCCCUUAGUUAUGGAAUUUACAAAACAAAUUUUAACAGCGAUGGUCCAAGUUAUGUUGCAUUUAUUGACAUUGGUCAAUGCGACACUCAGGUCUGCAUUGCAGCGUUUGAGUUUGGGCAAAUGAGGAUACUUUCACAUGCUUUUGACAGGAGCUUAGGGGGUAGGGACUUUGACGAGGUUCUGUUUACUCAUUUUGCUGAAAAAUUCAAGGAACAGUACAAAAUUGACGUGUAUUCUAAUGCCAAGGCUUGCAUUAGGCUGCGUGCUGCAUGUGAGAAAUUGAAGAAAGUUUUGAGUGCAAAUCCAGAGGCACCGCUGAAUAUCGAGUGUCUGAUGGAUGAGAAAGAUGUUAAGGGUUUUAUAACAAGGGAAGAAUUUGAGAAUCUUGCAUCUGGAUUAUUGGAGAGAAUUUCAACACCUUGCAAAGAAGCAUUAAUUGAAGCAGGCUUGGAUGCAGAGAAGAUUUCUUCUGUGGAGCUAGUUGGUUCAGGUUCUAGGAUUCCAGCAGUAAGUACAUUAUUAUCUUCUUUAUUCAAGAGAGAACCGAGCCGAAAGUUGAAUGCAAGUGAGUGUGUAGCUCGUGGUUGUGCUCUACAGUGUGCUAUGCUCAGUCCCACAUACCGUGUGCGAGAAUACGAGGUCCAAGAUAUUAGUCCUUUUUCAUAUGGACUUGAAUCAGAUAAAGUUCGUGGUGUACUUUUCCCAAAAGGCCAUCUCCUUCCAAGUACUGUGGUCAUAAAAUUCCAGCAAACUGAUUCGAUCCAUUUGGAAGCUUUCUAUGCAAAUGAACAUGAACUACCACCUGGAACAUCUCCAAAAAUUAGUUCCUUCACGAUUGGUCCUUUGCCUGGAUCUCAAGGUAGUAAGGCAAAAGUUAAAGUUCGAGCUCAACUAAAUCUGCAUGGCAUUUUCAGUAUUGAUUCAGCUACAUUGAUCAAGGAUCACACGGAUGAUCAUCAUUCAAAUUUUGAUGCAAUGGAUGUUGAUCCUAAGUCCGAGACCUCAGAUAGUACCAGUUCUGUUGCCAAUGGCGCUGAAGAAAGUACCAAUAAGCGUGAUUCUCCACAAAGUUAUGCAGAUUGUCUAAGAAAAGAUAAGGCAAACAGAAGGAUUCCUAUUGCAGUGAAUGAGAAUAUCUAUGGUGGAAUGACAAUGAAAGAGAUUUCUGAAGCCCAUGAAAAAGAACUCCAGUUAGCUCAACAGGACAGAGCUGUGGAGCUAACCAAAGAAAAGAAGAACACCUUGGAGUCCUAUGUAUAUGAGACGAGGAGUAAGCUCUUCAACACAUAUCGGAGCUUUGCUAGUGACCAAGAGAGGGAUGUCAUAUCUAGGAGUUUGCAAGAGACUGAGGAUUGGCUUUAUGAGGACGGUGAUGAUGAAACUGAACACGCUUAUACCUCAAAACUAGAAGAUCUGAAAAAGCUGGUGGAUCCAAUUGAGAUUCGGUACAAAGAUGAUGAAGAAAGAACACAAGCUAUAAAUGAUUUAUCAAAAGUCAUUUCAGAUAUUCGCAAGUUUGCAGAUUCCGUUCCACCCCAGGAAAAAGAACAGAUGAUUGAUAUUAGCAAUAAAGCAGAGCAUUGGCUAACAGAGAAGGUGCAACAGCAAGAAUCUUAUCCUAAGAAUGUCGACCCAAUAUUAUGGUCAAGUCAUAUUAAGAGCGCAAUAGAGGAGCUAAGCAGAGGAAUGGACAACAUAGUGAAAUCCAGGACAACUUCAGAAGACGAAGAUGAGAAAGACAAGUCAAAAGACGAAGAUGACAAAGACAAGAUGGAUUCUUCCAAUCAUUCUUGAAUUACAUUGAUGGGGCGCAAGCAAAAUUAAUGACAUAAGUUUUCAUCACUGAUGAUACCUUCUGACAAGUAUAGAAAAAAUAAUUCUUGCAUUUUCAUUCAGUUCUCACUUUCCCCCUCCUCUGCACUCAGAUUUGAAUGAGGCUAAUUUAAGUACAUAAAGUGAUUGACAAGCAUUUGUUCUUCCAAGGUUUCUAGAGAUUUUUAAUUUUUGAUGUUUUCACUAAUAUUUUCUGAUGUUAUAUGGUUUCUUCAAAUGAAUCAAAUAGGUUAUGCUUAAGUGGUAAAAAUGCUAGAUUUAUGUACGUAGUAUAUGGCACUUAUUUCUGCAUUGUGCUAAAAAUUCACAAAAUUUAUUGGUCUGUUUGGGUAGCAUAACUUUUAUUACUUCA